CUCUGAUGAUGAUUCUCUUUCUCCUUUCUAUGACCGGGCCUUUGAGAGCGGAGGGAAACGAAACGAAAGAGAGAAGAAUCUCGAAGGGAGAGCUCCGCUCUCUGUCUUCAUCUCAUUAAAUUAUAUAGAUCAAUUUCAAUCGAUUUCAGCGAUUAAUAAUGGAACAGUUCGUGAAUUUCAUCAUUCGGCCUCCGAGAGCUGAUUAUAGUGUGAAAAAUGAUUUGUUGGAUCAAGAGUUUAUGUUAAAGGGACGGUGGUACGAGAGAAAAGACUUGGAGAUCAGAAAUAGUCAAGGGAAUGUCCUGCAAUGUAGCCAUUAUGUGCCUGCAGAGGUUCCAGAAGGGACAACCCUUCCUUGCGUUAUAUAUUGUCAUGGAAACAGUGGGUGCAGGGCUGAUGCUAGCGAGGCUGCUAUUAUUUUGCUUCCAUCAAACAUCACCGUGUUCACCCUUGACUUUUCAGGGUCUGGACUCUCUGAAGGACAACAUGUCACUUUAGGAUGGAAUGAAAAAGAUGAUCUUAGAGAUGUAGUCAAUUACUUGCGGACAGAGGGAAAUGUAUCCUGCAUUGGUCUGUGGGGGCGUUCCAUGGGAGCUGUCACCAGUUUGAUGUAUGGAGCUGAAGAUCCCUCCAUUGCUGGAAUGGUUCUUGAUAGCCCAUUCUCUAAUUUAGUCGAUUUGAUGAUGGAACUCGUGGAUACCUACAAAUACCCCUUACCAAAAUUCACUGUGAAGCUUGCAAUUCAACACAUGCGAAAGGUUAUUAGGAAGAAGGCUAACUUUGACAUUAUGGAUUUGGAUACAAUUAAGGUGGCGAAGUGUUCUUUUGUUCCAGUUUUACUUGGACACGCAACUGGUGAUGACUUUAUUCGUCCACACCAUUCAGACCGCAUAUAUGAAUCUUAUGUUGGGGACAAAAACAUUAUCAAAUUUGAAGGAGAUCAUAAUUCCCCUCGUCCACAGUUCUACUUUGAUUCAAUCACAAUCUUCUUCCAUAAUGUACUCAGCCCUCCAUCUGCUGAACAGUAUGUCCAUACUGUGGAUGACUUCUUUGGCAAGGAUAGCUGGAAUGGUGUUCAUGAAAAAGAAUAUGGACAUCAUAGUCUUAUUGGACCACCUCCAGAACUUGCUUCAGGAAGCACGGAAGAUGCCAUCACUCAACUACGCUCUAGAAGACGUAUGAGUCAAAUGGAGGUUCCUUCUGAUGUUUCCUCCCUAGAGAAACAAGAUGGCACUGAGGGAAAUGGAACAGAUGGUCCAUCUUCUUCUAGGAUUUUCAACUCUGACCUUCCAAAUGUUUAUUCGCAUAGACCAGAUGAUGAUGAAUAUGAGGAGUAUUGUUUUGAUGAUUUCUCAGAUAUACCUUCCAGGAUGGAAGAUGAAGAAAGGAUGAUUAUGGAAGCCAUUAUAGAAUCCUUGAAAGACAUGGAGCUGAGACAUCCUGAAGAAAACAUGCAGUCCAAUGUAGAUACAACUCCAAAUGAUCCAUCAUCAAAUUGUAUGCAAACUUCAAUAAGAGAAUUUAAUGGAACAAGUGAUACCAUCUCAACAAACUCCAACAUGGAAUCAACCGGGGUUCCAGUACCCAUCACGAUCAAACCUUGUGAUACUGACAAGUCAUCAGACAUGAAAGGUUCUUCAAAUAGCAGAAGCUUUUCUGGUUGUGCUCGGAGCUCAGAAUAUGGAAGCGGAUCAUUGCAGCAGGAUGCAGAUAGAAGUGAUGAGACACCAGCCAAAUUGAUCACACAAAAGAGCCCAUCAAGCCAUGCCAUCGAAGGUUUGGCACACCGUUGGCGUCUAAACUUCUUCAAAAGCAACAGAUGAGCUGAGGCAGGUUGUGUAUAACUGUAUUGGUAUAUGUAUUAAUCAAAAACUUAGUUCUCUACUUUAGUGUGCUCUACUUGCGUGAUUUGAGUGAUUUGAGUAUAUACUGUAAUUUAUUUACCCCUUCGUCUCCACUAUCGCCAUUGUUUUGCAUAUAUGUUGUUCAUCGUUGUGAAAAGAAAGAAUGCAAGUCAUCUUGGUAAUUUUUU